AUAAGGCUGCAACUAUAAGACCGCCAUGGUCCGGCAGACCACCAACAGUCACUUCCAAUUGUCACUUAGUAUUGCGAUGAAAUUUUUGCCAAGCGUCCUCGCGGUAGCCUUGGCCUUUGGCGCGGUGUCGGCUCAGUUCGAUCCGCACCAAUGGUCCGGCCGUAGCGGAAUCGUGCAUCUGUUUGAGUGGAGAUGGAACGACAUUGCCGAUGAGUGUGAGCGGUUCUUGGCCCCGAUGGGUUACGCCGGUGUCCAAGUCUCGCCUCCGACGGAGAACGUCAUCAUUUCACAGAAUACAGAGGCCGAAUUCGCCAGCAUGGUUUGGCGUUGCAAUCAGGUGGGCGUGAGAAUCUACGUCGACAUUGUCAUCAACCAUAUGGCGGCCGUUUCCGGGACUGGGACUGGAGGUUCGACGGUGUCCGGACUGAACUUCCCCGCUGUGCCUUAUGGAUCGAACGACUUCAACCCGCAUUGCGAAAUUUUGAAUUACAACGAUCGGUAUCAGGUGCGUAACUGCUGGUUAGUUGGACUGCCGGAUUUGGCCCUGGGUACGCAAUGGGUUCGUGAUAGAAUUGUCGAUUUGAUGAACAAGUGCAUCGGAUAUGGCAUUGCUGGAUUCCGUGUGGAUGCUGUCAAGCAUAUGUGGCCUGGAGAUCUGGAGCAUGUUUUCAACAGGCUCAAUAAUCUGAAUACCGAUCACGGUUUUCCAGCAGGAUCAAGGCCUUUCUUGACGCAGGAGGUCAUUGAUUUGGGUGGUGAGGCAAUCAGUGCCACGGAAUAUACUCAUCUGGGAACGAUCACCGAGUUCAAGCAUUCGGCCGAAAUCGGUCGUGUGUUCUACGGACGUGAUAGAUUGGCCCAUCUGUCCAACUGGGGAGAGGGAUGGGGAUUCCUUCCAUCACACUUGGCCCUCGUAUUCGUUGACAAUCAUGAUAACCAACGUGGCCAUGGAGCCGGAGGUGAUAAUAUUCUUACCUACAAAGUGUCGAGAAACUACAAAAUGGCUACCGCCUUCAUGUUGGCUCAUCCAUUCGGAAUCGUUCGCAUCAUGAGUUCUUUCGCUUUUGACAACGGCGAUCAGGGACCACCACAGGACGCAAACGGAAACUUGAUUCCUCCGUCGAUCAACGCCGAUAACACCUGCGGCAACGGAUGGGUUUGUGAACAUCGCUGGCGCCAGAUCUACAACAUGGUCGGUUUCCGUAAUGCCGUCGGAAAUAGUGCCAUCAGCAACUGGUGGUCCAACGGAAACCAGCAGAUUGCGUUCUGCCGUGGCACUUCUGGAUUCGUGGCAUUCAACUUGGAAGGUUCGGAUUUGAAUCAGAACUUGCAGACGUGUCUACCGCAAGGAACGUAUUGUGAUGUCAUUUCUGGAAGCAAGAGUGGAUCGUCCUGCACCGGUGGUACCGUUCAGGUUGGAUCUGAUGGACGUGCCAACAUUGUGAUUGCCUCCAAUGCCUACGAUGGUGUUUUGGCUAUUCAUGUCAACGCUAGGCUGUAAGAUGGCUUGAAAAGAAAGAAUUGGAAAUGUCGCAAAUCUAUACUGUUGAAUUAUGUAAUAAUAGAUUGCAGCUUUUAUUAUUAUUGUUAAAAUGUUGUUUGAUA